AUGAAGGUCGCAGUUAACCUGUUUUGCUUUCAACUACUACAAAUCCUAUGUCUUAUUUUGCCUAGACCUGCUACCUCGACGACAUCGCAACCCCAGCCUCAGUCGCAGGACGUGUCUACGGCCACGGUGACUGGAGGUGGACCCGUAGACCUGGAGAGUGGUAAACAGCAGACUCGGUGGAACCUAGGACAGUUCAUCCAGAGGGGAGGAGAUGCCAUAUCCUCCACGCCUUCACCCUUGGAUGGGGGAAAGAUGCAAACUUCCUCUGUGAGAACGAGUCCUGACAGUUUGAACAAAAGGUGCAUGGAUGAUGAUGACGAUGAUGGAGGGGAAACGAGUGACUCUGUCAAUCUCGAUAAAGCUGUCGAAGAAGCCAAAGCGCUGGUGGCCCUAAGUGAACUCCCUUUACUAUCAAGUCUAUCUGACUCCGGGUCGGACACUUCAGCCAACCGUUGCAUCGCUCCCUCCGCACAACUACCUACACGUACCGUCGAUUCGGGCAGUGACAGCGAAGCGCUUAAGGAACGCCCUAAGAGGGUGGUUCCAGCGCCGAGAGCCACUUCGAAACCCACUUGUAGGCGGAGCGAAAGCGAAGAGGAGACGGUGCUUAAGACGAGCGUACCGCCUGGUGUCGGACGUGUUCCCAAAGAGAAAGACGGGAAAGGGAAGAGAGGCAGACCGAGGAAAAACAAAGGGGAUGGUACGGAGAGUGGAAAGGGUAGACGGGGAAGGCCUAAAGGUGGGAAUAAGAGAAGGGAGCGAAGCGAAUCAUCAGACACAGAGUUGCACCGCAAUAAGGCGAAACGAGGCCGCCCACCCAAACAGCCCGUCCCAAUUCCAGCACCAACUCAUGCCACAAUGGUAGCGCUCCAGCAUAGGACGUCGGACUCCGAGUCCAGCCAUGCAGCAGCAUCAGCAACAGGAGUGUUCGACAAAGCAGUACCGUCCACUUCAAGGCGGCGUGCCUCGCAACGGGCGAGCAUUUCCAUGGCCGCCGCCGAUCUGUCGUCUAGCGAUGAGGAGGAGCAGAACUUGGCUAGGCGGAGAAGGAGGCAGAGGAGUAGCGGUACGGUGCAGAGCAGUGAAAGGGCGGAGUCGCCUAAGAAGCCUGCGCACAGGCAAAAAUCUCUGAAGAAUGAUGAGAGUCGAAUGAAAGGCCAUCUCAAGGAUACUGAUUCAGAUUCAGAUGCAGAAUGGGGAGUCGAAAAUAGACCGAAACAUAGGAGAAAAGGCAGGCCGCCUGGCUGUACGAAAAAGCCAGCUGCCACAUUCGGUGCUCUGCAGCCCAAGAGUGCUGAAUAUGUUCCUUCUUCUGUGGAUUCUAGUAGUGAUAGUGAACGAGGCAAAUUUACUGUAAAGCAUCGCCACAUCAAACCAAAGCUGAGCGCUAGGUUAUCGGAUCCUUCACCCGUAAAAGCUCCGUCUUCCUCCGACAGUGAACUGGAAACCGGCAAAAGAGCUUCCGCCAAGAUCGACUCUACUGUUAAGGUGGACGCCGAGGUUAAGGCUGUAGCUGAUAAGAAGAAAAGUGAUACUUUGAGGAAGUUGUUUACUCCCAAAAGGGACUCUGAGGGAGGUGGCAAAGGUGGAAAGGGAGGUGGGAAAGGUGGAAAAGGAAAAGGUGGAGUAAACGUGAUAAUAGUCGAUGGCAACUAUGAACGCAGUUCCUCAUCUGUAGAAGAUGAGACUGACCCCAGCAGAGUUCCUUUACCGGUUUCUCCAUUGGAUCCUCCAAAGAAGAAAUGUUUCAGCCUCCCUCCCAGCAGCCCCUGCGAGGUUAUUCAAGACACAGAUGACAUCAAAAACGUGAGGGAUAUUAAGACUGAAAAUGAUACAGAAAGCAAACAUAUGCAGACUAGGUUGAGUAUUUGGGUCCGGAUACAGUUGGAUCGGCUUGAUAUCUCUCUUAUGCCAGAUGUGAGGAGGAGGUUAGAGGAGAAGGUGAAAGAUGAAAAUUUCGAAUGCUAUGGUGACAACACGUUACUUAAAUCUAGGUCCUCCGACUCUCCGCCACAACAGUCACAUCUCUCUACCUCCAAACCAGUUGAUGAUCCUUCUCCGUCACCUUUAGAAGCACUGAGUAAGCAACACAAGUCCAAGAAAAGAAAGAGGAGAGAAAGUGCCUCAAGCGCCUCUUCCCUGUCUACUGUGGCCAGCACCACUAGCAAAAAGGAGGGAAAAGAGGCCAAGGAAGAAAAGGCACGAAAUGGCAAGAAAGAGAAAGACAACACAAGGUUAAAAAGGCGGAAAGACUCCAAAGAAGCCACAGAUGCUAUGGAAGGGAAAGUGGAAAAGGCGGAAGAAGCCCUUGAGCAGAGGCAAAUUGACAGGUAA